CGCUCCGCUCACAGCCGCAGUGCCCCACCCCCGCGCUCUGGACCUGGGAGGCUGCGGCCGCAGGUCCGCUCCCGGGGCCACAUGGCUGAGGGGGACGCAGGGAGCGACCAGAGGCAGAAUGAGGAAAUUGAAGCAAUGGCAGCCAUUUAUGGCGAGGAAUGGUGUGUCAUUGAUGACUGUGCCAAAAUUUUUUGUAUCAGAAUUAGCGAUGAUAUUGAUGACCCUAAAUGGACACUUUGCUUGCAGGUGAUGCUACCGAAUGAAUACCCAGGUUCAGCUCCGCCUAUUUAUCAGUUGAAUGCUCCCUGGCUUAAAGGGCAGGAACGUGCGGAUUUAUCAAAUAUCCUUGAGGAAAUAUAUAUACAGAAUAUUGGUGAAAGUAUUCUUUACCUGUGGGUGGAAAAAAUAAGAGAUGUUCUAAUACAAAAAUCUCAGAUGACAGAACCAGGCCCUGAUAUAAAGAAGAAAACUGAAGAGGACGACGUUGAAUGUGAAGAUGAUCUCAUUUUAGCAUGUCAGCCAGAAAAUCCAGUUAAAGCAUUGGAUUUUGAUAUCAGUGAAAAUCCAACAGAAAUAGAAGAAUUACCUCCGAUUGAUCAUGGCAUUCCUAUUACUGACCGAAGAAGUACUUUUCAGGCACACUUGGCUCCAGUAGUUUGUCCCAAACAGGUGAAAAUGGUUCUUGCCAAAUUGUAUGAGAAUAAGAAGAUAGCUAGUGCCACCCACAACAUCUAUGCCUAUAGAAUAUAUUGUGAGGAUAAACAGACCUUCUUGCAGGACUGUGAGGAUGAUGGGGAGACAGCAGCUGGUGGGCGUCUUCUUCAUCUCAUGGAGAUUUUGAAUGUGAGGAAUGUCAUGGUGGUGGUAUCACGCUGGUAUGGAGGGAUUCUGCUAGGACCAGAUCGCUUUAAACAUAUCAACAACUGUGCCAGAAACAUACUAGUGGAGAAGAACUACACAAGUUCACCUGAGGAAUCAUCUAAGGCUUUGGGAAAGAACAAAAAAGUAAGAAAAGACAAGAAGAGGAGUGAACAUUAAUACCUGAAACUAUAUGAAAGUGUUCAUCAGUGAGUAAUGGAUUAAGUGAAAAUCCAGGAGAAUCCAUCUGCAGUUAUGUGCUGAGGUGAUAAUUUAUCUAACAUUUGUUAGCAUAGGUGUUAUGCCUCAAUUUUUGUUGCACAUUGGUUAUUGUGAAAUUUUAAAAAGUGAUUUUCUAGUGUCUGCCUUUUUUGUUUAAUUCUUGUAAUGUAAAGCAAUAAAUAUGGAGUGUCAGUAGGCUUCUUUUGCCCCUGAAAUGUGUUGGUGUAAUAUUCUGGUAUCUUAACAAUCUGGAAGUACCUUUCUUGUGAUCUUCAUUGACAAAUUAGAACUAUGCUAGAAGCCUUGGUAUGGUUAAUGAGACAUUUAUCGAAUGGGAUAGAGCUGGCACAACCACACUGGUGUAGGGCAGGAAUGUGUUGUGUAGUUACAUAAAUUUGAUGCACGCUUCCCAUCUGCAUUCCAGCCAGAUUUCUCAAUUCCAUGAUUCUCUGGAGAGAAGGAGCAAACCUUUUGAUUGGAAAAACAAGGAAAAUAUCCCCCCUUUUUUUUCAUUCUUAUCAAAUCUUUCUUUUUAUCAAUGCUUUAUGUUUUUUUCAUCUGCACAUUACCUCUAGGCAUUUAGACAAUAAAUAUAACUUUGAGAUAUAACAAUAAGUCUUGAAUUGGUCGCUUUCAGAUAUGAUUACAAACACUUGUUAAAAGUCAUUGAUUGAUUACAGAUUUUGCUUGGGAUUUUCUUCCCAAGGGAGGGAACAGAAAUUAGGAGGCUAUUGUGGGAUAGUGCAAGAACAUGGAAAGCAUCAGAAAAUUGGACAGACAGAUAUUUUUCUCUUUUCUCUGAUGUUUUACCUUUAAAAGACCCAAAAUCCUUACUUAGUAUUUUUAAUAAGGAUCUAGUAAAUAGCUUUACAGUUGGAUGGAUUCUGAGACAUAAAAUCUAAAUUAUAUUUGUUAUAAGUAUAUUUAACGUUGCGAGUUAUCCAGAGUCAUCAGAAGAUGAUUUAUAUAUAUAUUGGGAACACUUAUGUCAGGUUCCAUGAAAAGUUAAGUAUGUCCUAUGUAUUAACUAUUAAAAUAAUUAAAGAGGUUAGAGACCAUUAAUUAACAUUAAAAUAAUUUCACAAUUUUGACAUGUCAAACCUGUGAAAGGAGACAGAAAACAGUAAGAAUUUGGUGCUACAGAAAAUAAAUGUGAGGUAAUUUUUUUCAACACUGAGUUUGAGUUUCUUGCUGUUUUAUCUAACAUUUAGGUCUUUACAGAAAACAAAGUACCCUCUCUAUCUAUGAGAGUACUUCAAAAAGUUCAUGGAAAGAGUCAUAUUAUCUUCUAAUUCUAUUUUCCCAUGAACUUUUUAAGAUACCCUCAUAUGAUCUCAUUUUACCUUAUUUAAAAAGAAAGUCUUAUUUUUGCUUUUUUCUACAGAAAUAUUAACCAUAUUUUACUGACUAAAAAGAUUCUAAUCUCCUUUACGCAAAGUCAGCUGGGAAAAGGGAGAGAUCCAAAAUUCUUCAAUUCCGAACUCUGAGUUAUUUCAUACUCUACCAUGAAUGGAAACCCUAACUGAUGGUAGUAUGUUUUUUUCUUCUAUUUAAAACUUCUCUUGAGUAGAGGAUUUUCCAGUUCUCCAAAUAACAAUUUCUCUAACCAGAUCUGUGCUGUGGCAUAUUUUAUAGUAUAUUCUAUUAGUUAAAAAUAUUGUCCAUGUGCCAGUAUAUAAGACCCAGUCGCAUUUACUUUUUAAAUGGGAAUAGCAAUAGCUACAUCAAAAGCAUGUUUUGGAGGUAUAUAUUAUGAAAUAGAGCCUAUUUGAAGAGAAUUAUAUCAAACUAAAUCACAACCAAGAAGGAGUAGCAUGAAGCAGAUACUGUUUGGAGGGCAGGUGAACUUUAUCGGGAAAAUUGCAUAAUCACUUCUAUUUUCACUAUCCAGAGAUUACCAUUAUUAAUAUUUGGUAUGUACAUCUUUUAUUUUUUUCUUAUGCAUGAUUUUGUAUAUAUGGCUAUUUUUCUUUCCGCAAAAAUGGUAUUAAACUAUAUAUACUGUUUUG